CAACAGGUGUCAUCUCUCCGCUGCUACCGCGUGUCACUGGGAGCCGACUCGCUCCUCGCCACCCAUUCAUAUAUAUAAUCGUCCGACAAAUAUUUCGAUCAAAAUAGAAAAGUCUUAAGAGAGAAAUAAAGCCCAAUUCAUCUGAUCUGAGGCCCAAAAAUGAGCCAGGAACAGCCGCAAAGGCCAAACCCCGUUAGAUAUGGAGACGUUUUCCAUGUUCAAGGUGAACUAGCGUCGAGACCCGUCGCUCCACAGGAUGCAGCCGCCUUUGUGGCCGCUGAAAACGUUGCACUGGGUAAGAUUCAGGAAGGCGGUCCGGCAGCCGUCGUGCAAUCAGCGGCUGAUGUCAACGAGACGCGCGGUGUCGUUCACCACAACGAUAUGACGAAUAUUGUUAGAGAAGAGGGCGUCACCAUAUCUGAGGCGGAUGCUGGCGGCUCUAGUGUUGUCACUGAAGCUAUUGGUGGACAAGUGGUGGGGCAAUAUGUUCAACCGGGAGAUGUUGGAGCCACGGGUAUUGAUGGCUCCGAUGCAAUUACUAUUGGAGAAGCACUUGAAGCGACUGCUUUUUCGGCUGGAAACAAGCCCAUUGAUGAAAGUGACGCUGCCGCCAUACAGGCGGCGGAGAUACGUGCCACUGGGCUUGGCCAUGCAGUGCCUGGCAGUGUCGCGGCGGAAGCCCAAUCAGCCGCCGCAUAUAAUGCCCGGAAAAUGCGUGAUGAGGACAAGACGAAACUUGGCGAUGUCUUGAUUGACGCAUCUACAAAACUUACCAAUGACAAACCGGUAACAAGAGAAGACGCGGAGGGCGUAAUUGGCGCGGAGAUUAGAAAUAAGGCGGACAUGUGUACCCAUCCCGGCGGAGUGGCGGCGUCAAUGGCUGCAGCUUCAAGACUCAAUCAACAAAAAUGAAGCUGUCUCUCUCUUUCUAAAUGUUAGGCUAAGGAAACAUAUGGUGCAAUGUUUUUUUGGGGUGUCGUCACUUGUGUAAAAUAGUGCAUUUCUCAUCAAGUUGGAAUUAAUACUUGAAAAUAA